GCAGUCAGGGACGGAUUAUUGAAUAUGCAAGUUAGAAGAAAAAUCACAGGACAAGCAAAUUGAGUAUUUACUGGCAAAUAAUUGCGCUCUUAAACUGUGGCUCUCUUCCUAAAUUCUUAACAUUCCCGAGGGUUAGAAAGAAACACAGAAAAAUGCAUCGGUACAGAGUUCAUUUCAAAAAACCACCCAUAGACUGAUGUUUGAGGCUUGUGCAGACUCUUUUAUCAUCAGCAAUUGAAUAUUUCACACAACUUGCUGGCUGUCCCUUGACCACCAGUCUGUUGCCUGUUGCUGCUCUUCAUGUAAGGCUGUCGGUUUGUGGGAUUCUUCUCUGAGGCACCUUCAGUGAGUCUCCUCAGUUUUCCAGAAGGGAAAGGGGCAGGAGCUGAGCUCAGACCUGGAUACCCUUCUAACUAUCCUAGAGAAAAAGUGAAUUGCCCUCUAAGGCUUGCACACUGUACUUAGGAUGCAGCCACUCUCUGUCCCCUGCCCCAAUGAACAUCUGCACUAGGCCCAAGCCUUGGAGUGAUUUACCUGAAGAGUGACACCAAUUAUCUGGAAACUACUAUGAGGAAACUGAAGCCCAGAGAAGUGAAGUGAGGUGCCCAAAGCCACACAGCAAGUUGCAGGCACAGCUAGUUCCGUAGCUCAAGUCUCCUGACUCCCAGUCCAGUGUUCUUCCCAUUACUCCACGGGUCCUGUCUCUAAGCUUCCUGACAAAUGCUAGAACGGAAGAAACCCAAGACAGCUGAAAACCAGAAGGCAUCUGAGGAGAAUGAGAUUACUCAGCCGGGCGGAUCCAGCGCCAAGCCGGCCCUUCCCUGCCUGAACUUUGAAGCUGUUUUGUCUCCAGCCCCAGCCCUCAUCCACUCGACACAUUCACUGACAAACUCUCACGCUCACACCGGGUCAUCUGAUUGUGACAUCAGUUGCAAGGGGAUGACCGAGCGCAUUCACAGCAUCAACCUUCACAACUUCAGCAAUUCCGUGCUCGAGACCCUCAACGAGCAGCGCAACCGUGGCCACUUCUGUGACGUGACGGUUCGCAUCCACGGGAGCAUGCUGCGCGCACAUCGCUGCGUGCUGGCAGCCGGCAGCCCCUUCUUCCAAGACAAGCUGCUGCUGGGCUACAGCGACAUCGAAAUCCCGUCGGUGGUGUCCGUACAAUCGGUGCAAAAGCUCAUUGACUUCAUGUACAGCGGUGUGCUGAGAGUCUCACAGUCGGAAGCUCUGCAGAUCCUCACAGCCGCCAGCAUCCUGCAGAUCAAAACAGUCAUAGAUGAGUGCACUCGCAUCGUGUCACAGAACGUGGGCGAUGUGUUCCCAGGCAUCCAGGAUUCUGGCCAGGACACACCAAGAGGCACACCAGAGUCAGGCACAUCUGGCCAGAGCAGUGACACGGAAUCAGGCUACCUGCAGAGCCACCCACAGCAUAGUGUGGACCGAAUCUACUCCGCACUCUACGCCUGCUCCAUGCAGAAUGGCAGCGGCGAGCGCUCCUUCUACAGUGGUGCAGUGGUCAGCCACCACGAAACAGCUCUCGGCCUGCCCCGUGACCACCACAUGGAAGACCCUAGCUGGAUCACACGCAUUCAUGAGCGCUCCCAGCAAAUGGAGCGCUACCUGUCCACCACCCCUGAGACCACGCACUGCCGGAAGCAGCCCCGGCCUGUGCGUAUCCAGACCCUGGUGGGUAACAUCCACAUCAAGCAGGAAAUGGAAGAUGACUAUGACUACUAUGGGCAGCAAAGGGUGCAGAUCCUAGAACGCAAUGAAUCCGAGGAGUGCACAGAAGACACUGACCAAGCAGAGGGCACUGAGAGCGAGCCCAAAGGUGAAAGCUUUGAUUCUGGGGUCAGCUCCUCCAUCGGCACCGAACCUGACUCAGUGGAGCAACAGUUUGGGGCAGCAGCCCCAAGGGACGGUCAGGCAGAACCCGCCCAACCUGAGCAGGCAGCAGAAGCCCCAGCUGAGAGCAGUGCCCAGCCAAACCAGCUAGAACCAGGUGCCUCCUCUCCUGAGAGAAGCAACGAGUCAGAGAUGGACAACACAGUCAUCACUGUCAGUAACAGCUCCGAUAAGGGCGUCCUACAGCAGCCUUCAGUCAACACAUCCAUCGGGCAGCCAUUGCCAAGUACCCAGCUCUAUUUACGCCAGACAGAAACCCUCACCAGCAACCUGAGGAUGCCUCUGACCUUGACCAGCAACACACAGGUCAUUGGCACCGCUGGCAACACCUAUCUGCCAGCCCUCUUCACUACCCAACCCGCGGGCAGUGGCCCCAAGCCUUUUCUCUUCAGCCUGCCGCAGCCCCUGACAGGCCAGCAGACCCAGUUUGUGACAGUGUCCCAGCCCGGUCUGUCCACCUUUACUGCACAGCUGCCAGCGCCACAGCCCCUGGCCUCAUCUGCAGGCCACAGCACAGCCAGUGGGCAAGGCGACAAAAAGCCUUAUGAGUGCACUCUCUGCAACAAGACUUUCACAGCCAAACAGAACUACGUCAAGCACAUGUUCGUACAUACAGGUGAGAAGCCCCACCAGUGCAGCAUCUGCUGGCGCUCCUUCUCCUUGAAGGAUUACCUUAUCAAGCACAUGGUGACGCACACCGGCGUGAGAGCGUACCAGUGUAGCAUCUGCAACAAGCGCUUCACCCAGAAGAGUUCCCUCAACGUGCACAUGCGCCUGCACCGCGGGGAGAAGUCCUAUGAGUGCUACAUCUGCAAAAAGAAGUUCUCCCACAAGACCCUGCUGGAGCGACACGUGGCCCUGCACAGUGCCAGCAACGGGACCCCUCCGGCAGGCACGCCCCCAGGUGCCCGCGCGGGUCCGCCAGGCGUGGUGGCCUGCACAGAGGGGACCACUUACGUCUGCUCCGUCUGCCCAGCAAAGUUUGACCAAAUCGAGCAGUUCAACGACCACAUGAGGAUGCAUGUGUCUGACGGAUAAGUAGUACCUUUCUCUCUUUCUUACGAACCAAACAAAACGACAACAAAAGAAAUAAACAAGCAAACAAACAGACAAAAAGCUAUGGCACUAGAAUUUAAGAAAUGUUUUGGUUUCCUUUUUACUUUCUGUUUUUGUUUCUGUUCCGUUUCAUUUUGUACUACAUGAAGAACUGUUUUUUGCCUGCUGGUACAUUACAUUUCCGGGGGCUUGGGUGGAUAAUACUUUUCCCAGUCCCCCUUGGAUGGUGGCCUUAAGGCCUGGUAGUGCUUCAGGAGGUCCACUGGUUGGAUCUCUAGCUACUGGCCUCUAAAUACAACCCUUCUUUACAAAAACAAAAAACAAACAAACAAAAAAAAAGACAAAAACAAAAACAAAACAAAAAAAGCAAAAAAACCACACACAUACACACACACACAAAAAAAAAGAAACAAAAAAAUCUUUUAAAAAAGUUUUAAAAAAAUGUUUAAAAAAAAAAGAAAAAUUGUUUUUCCACUCGUGAAGAGCACUACAGAGUUUCUUAGGAGCUGUAAGGCCUGCUGUCUUUAAAUACACCGCUCACAGUGUUUCAGAGAACAGUUCACUCUUCUGGCCACUUGGACUUCACAGUAAGCAGUUUAAACUGUGGAAUAUCACUUCUGGUUGAAAACCCAGAGGAAUGGCCCUGCUGUUUCCACCUACCAUGCUGUCUGAUGUCAUUAAAGGGCUCUGGGAUGGGAGGGGUCGGUGAGCCCAGUGGUGUCAACAAAGGCGGGGUGGCAGGCUUCUCCCCCAGGUCUGCCUGGUCCACACACCCUGGCCCACCUCCUCCACAUCCCGCCCCUUUCAGCAGAAGCCAGGAAGACUCGGACAAGCAACAGUGGCUAUCGUAUUUAUUCAGUGUCUUGGCUGAGCCACAGCCUCAGCACAAUCAAGAGGGACUUUCAUGAAAGGCAGGAAUGCAGAGAAAAACAAAGAUUACAGAUUUGCACCUAUGUUUCUAGGUACAAGAGAAGGAUUAUUUCCAACAAUCUUUGCAAAAAAAAAAAAAGUGUCAGGAUAUAUUCUUGUGGAAGAGAAAAAGAAAGAGAAAUGGAGGGUGGGGGGAACAGUAAAAGUUCUUGAGGCUUUUUUAAUUCAAAAAUUUAUAGAGGGGCAAAAGUGAUGUUUACCAGAUAGAAUGCUGAUUUUUUUAAUAUAUUUACAACAGUAUUUGUGUAAAAAAAACAAAAAAGUGAGAUUGUUAAAAGUGAUUUUUUUCUCCUUUUGGUUCCGCAUACACUGCCGUCGUUCCCUUUACUUUGUCUCACACAUAUAUAUAUUUUUUGGUAAGUCAAGACUGUUAAGGUUAGCGAUACUGCUUCCAGAUAGAAAGAAUAGAAGGCAACUAAAGUUAUAUUUGAAAGAGAGGAAGGAUAUUUUCUUCAUAUUUUUUUUCUUAAUUUUUAUUAUUUUAAAGUAUUGCCUGGGUUGCUAAGGGCCUCCGAGGCCCGCCCACCCUGCUGUAAUUUCAACUGCUGCUCUGUUUUCGAUGCAUAGAUCUUUGACUUCUAGCAGGCUUCAGUGGAGCGAGCCACUGAACAGUUAUCACCUAUCUAUCUAGAAUUCUGUCCUUUAUCAUGGGAGGGGUGUGCUCUUUUACAAGCAGAUUUCUUCCUUCUCCAAAAUUUCACUGAGCUCUUAGGAUUCUAGAGUUCCAUGAGCCUUGCUUUGUUUCCUCUGGUGAAACACUAGUGGUCCAGACACCUUGACACAGGGGUCUGUUUCCUUCAUGGUCCUCACUCCUCUCCCCUGCCUGCUCACCCUCUCAGAGCACUGUGUGGGCGUCACUCUGAGAAGCCUGUUACAAACCACAGUGCAUUGAUGCCAAAACUCCUCCCUUCCUUUCACGGCCUCUGACUGCCCACCAUAGCUCACAGGGCUGAGUUAGGAUGGUCAUUCUUUAGUUGAUUGUUGACUCUUGCUUUUUUGGAGGAAUUAACAGUUUCUCUGUGCUAACAUCCAACUUUCAAAAGGCCAUGAAUCUCCAGCAUCAUCCUGGAUGCUGCUCUUUCUAGUUGGGAUUUCUCUCUUUGGUGUUGAUCAAGAAAUCAUAAGAUUUUCCAAUUAUAUACAGAGUCCUGAAGGGGUUCCAGCUUAAAAAAAAAAAAAACGGGACUUUUAAAACCUAGAUAAUACUCACUAAGUAAUUUUAUGACUGGCCAUGUUUUAGCACACUUAAAAGGAAAAGUAACUAUUCCAAUAACACAGAAACACAAAACUACAUUUUUUUUUAAAAAGGAGAUUUUCUUUUUAAAUUGCUCUACAUUUUAAAUCAGUUUUCUUCCUAAUUUUCCUGUUAGCAUUUUAUUUACAAAAAAAAAAAAUGCAGCAAAUGAGGGAAAAUUUUCCAAGGCAAGCAACUCUAUAAUGACUAAAUUGGUUUUAUUCAUAUAUUUUAGACAAUUGGUUAACUUGAAUCUUUUCCAUAAGUUCUUUGUGAUGUUUAGUAGUUUGUGCAACUGGAGUAUUUGUGGCGUUGAAGUUGGUCUUAUGGUGCUUAAUUCAGUGGAUUUUUUGCUAGAAGUUGUAGUGUGGCUUUGGAUGGGUAACUUACUACUGAGUAUCACUUAUCGUGAUUUCUAAGAAGGGGACACCCAAAAAACUUGUGUGACCUGUUUUAAAAAUUAGCUUCAGAAAUGCAAAAGUUCUCCCUAUUACCCCCCCCUGCUGUUUUGCUGUUGUUAAUAUUGGAAGUCAGGCGUGACCUGAUGUUCCUGUACCACCGAGAGAGGGAGCAUUAGGUCACAAGGUCAUGGAAUCAUUUGGAAAUAUGAGUUGUUCAACCCAUCAAGGAGGAAAAAAAAAAAAAACUGAUGCUGUGAUAUUCUUUUCUUAAUCUGGAGGGAAAAAAGACAUGAAAUCACUCACCAUAUAAAGCAAGGGAAAGAAAGCAGAGGCCCAGCGUCAGGCAUCCUCACUGUUGACGGGAGCACAUUGAAAGAUGUGUUUCCAGUCAGAGCUCAGUAAAGUAGCCAGCACUCAGACUGAUCCUGGGAACACUUAACCUUGCGUGCCAUUCGGUCCCAUUCCCAUCUGCUCACUACACCUGAAAGAAUCCCGUUUGUCUUCAUGCUAAUGUGCCAUUGUCAAAAAGCUAAGCAACUGGGUUAAAGAUCCAACAUUUGUUGUAGAGCAUGGGAAAGAAAAGAAAAGAAAAGAAAAGAAAAGAAAAGAAAAGAAAAGAAAAGAAAAGGACACCAGAUGACUUGAAACUCUGAGACACAUUCUUUUCCUAUAAAGGGAAUAUCUUCUUUUAAAACGUGUGAGGAGAUCCCUGAGGAAUUCUUGGUCAGGUCCUACCUACUGUACAGGCUCAGUCCUACUGUACAGGCUCAGUCCUGCUGUUUUACCCCAAACAUCUCCCAACCUAAAAUACUGCUUUCUAGAACUGAAGGACACUCCGUUGGCAUCAGAACUCUAAAGGAAAGUCGCUUCUAUAGUGCUGGUGCUGUAUACCUGGCCUCUCGAGGGCUGUUUUCCAACUGCACUGCAUUGUAGAAGAUAAGCCAGUCUGCACCUACUUCAAAAGGUUACAGAUGCUUCCAGGAUUGCCCAUGCACACUCGAUAUUUAACAAUCACAAAUAAGAGAAGAUGAGAAAGAGUGCCGCUUUUUUUUUUGUUUGUUUGUUUUGUUUUCUGUCCUGCCGUUUUUAUGAUGGGAUGCUAUCAGUUCUUUUAAAACUAGAAAACAAACAAACAAAAAAGGUCAUUUUAGUAUUCAGGAACACUUGCGCAAGUGUGCAUGCACACAUGUGCACACGCUCACACACGAUGGAAGCAGAUGUUCCAGGCAGAAGACCUCUUGAGAAGUUUAGGGAACAAGAGCUGGCAUUCAAAAGAAUACUAGUAUAUAUUUUUUUAAUCAAUCUACAAUUUAAACAAGAAAUUUGUUAAAUACAAAAACAAAAUAGUACCAGCAUUUGUACAAAAAAAGAGCCCCUAAUUGUGUAAAACAUAUCCCCCAAAAGACAAUAAUUAGAACUGGAGGAUAUGAUUCAGCUCUACAGUAAAAAACAAAAACAACCAAGCCCCACCCCCACACUCACACCUAGUAAUCCUAAAGGAAAAUCUUUAUAGAAGUUUUUCACGGUGUGAACUUACCCUCCUGCAGCCUCUCCCAUCGCAGGUCUUUCGCCCUCAGGAGGGAGGGUGGCAGGUAAUCCUGGCUCAUGCCCCAGAAGCUCCCAUCCCCUCUCCCCUAUCUAGGAGGCCACAGUCACUGUUGGCUUUAGAAAGACUUGGGCUUGCCUUCUUUCUCUGUAAGUAAGAGACACUUUAUUAUAUAUCAUAAUAUCAUGUAAGGACCAAGAAAACUCUUUUCAAUCCAUGAGCAGGGAGAGGCUGUGUGUCUGAGACGGGAGAGCAAGAGUUUUCUCUGGGCGUGCCUGUUUCAUAUCACUCUCCCUGUCAGGAUCUAUGUGUGCUUCCAUCUCACACACCAUCUACUACCAUCAUACGGCCUGCUUAUGCCCCAAAGCACUGUUUUCUUUCAGCAGUAGAAGUUAAACCAGAAAUGUGUGCCUCAUCAAAGCCCUCAGGUCCCCGGGAAAAUACAGGAAAGUUCCCUGUUGCAGUCCUCCAAGAUACGCCCAACACUGUUGUCCUGAGGAAUGAUGGCAGGGAAGUCGCCCUGGCAAGGAUGCAUAGCAGACAAUGCCCUUGCUGAGCCUUCCCCUGAAGUUGCAGUGGGAGUUGGUUUGAUUAGUUAGGGCUAGCCAUGUGAGGUGUGUGGUGCUAACAUCACGUCAGGCCGAUGCUGCCCUGACCAGUGUGCAGCUGCAGCUAAGGGAACAAAAAGGUGUAGCCCAGGAGCAGACAGGAGAUGCCCUGGGAGGAAAGAGAACACAGGGUAGGUGCCCUUUCUGCUGUGACUUGACUCUUAAAAGAAAACCCUCUAAAAAGAAUUCUUUAAUUUAGUAAUGAGUUGAAGUCCAGGGUAAUGGAAGCUCUAGGGAAGAGAACAAAAGAAUUGCAAAAUGUAUUCAGUACCCAACAAUACCAAACCAGAAAACAUCCAAUCACAAAGCUAGGAAGUUUGGCAAGAGGUACUUAGGGAAACCUCCAGUCUUUUCCAUGGGUAGGGUCCGCAGACUUUCUUUUGAGUGAUUUCUGGCUCAGAGAAACCUCUUUACUCACUAGAAAAGAACUUUGUUUAAAUGGCCAAUUUUGUCCCCCAGGAGGGGAGAAAGAAUUAAAAAAAAAAAAAAAAGACAGAAAAGAAAAAUAGGACACUAAAGACGGAACCAUGUGAGUUGGUGACAAACAAAAGAAAGGGGACACUAGAAUUUCAAUAGACUCCCUAUUGGAUAGAUUUUUUUUUAAAAAAGCAAAGCUACCCAAGGGCCCCCCAGCUCCAGACUCCCAGUCUUGAGCUGACCCAGCUGCUGGCUUUCUAGGGCUGGACAUAACUUCCCAACUGGGACCCUGGCAACUUUCAUUCUGUGUUUUCAUAAGGAAAAGGGACUGUUCUCUUAAGUGCCCUGGAAAUAGGUAGUGGCAUGGGGCAAACUUUCAAAACCCACCUCUGCUCUAGUGCUCAGGAUGCCCCAGGAGCUCGUGAAAAUACUUAAAUAUUCCCAAGGGCUUUGUGUGCGGAGUUAUCAUUUCCAGUGCACCUUAAACAUCCACCUGAGCUGACUGCGUUUCUGUAAAACUGCACAAUUACUAACCCGAAGCAUCAUCGUUUCUAGCCCUGAGUAGCAAGAUGAUCAACCCAAGCAAACUAGCCCACGGGGUACUUUAAGUUUCUCAAGAUGCUUCUCUGCUUGAACACUGAAUCCACAGCAGGAAGAGAUGUGCAUUAUCCAGUGCUCAGAGUGCCCUUGGGGCUGUAGAGCUAGGCUCCAUUCUCUCUAAGGUGAACAAGCAAAAUGGAGGCUUGCAGGGCAUACGAUUUUUUUCAAAACUGUAUGUCUCCUCCUCAUGAAAGGAAGACUAGAAAAGGCCCAGGACUGGAGCAAGAGUCUUAAUUUAUGACUUACUGAUAGCUGCCCUUUCCCCAGAGUUUCUUUAGGGCCCAACUAUGCUCCACUGACUACUGGCAUAACCCCAGCUAAGAAACUUUCACAAAAAAAUCCAUUGGGUUGUAGGAUUAUUGCCUUAAGUUAGAAACCCUGGAGGAAAGCAGACAACACACACACACAGAAAAUGAAAGACUGUGAAGAUAGAUAGGGACAUUUCUUGGUUUGUAAUGGAUUCAUAAUCACAAAAAUAAGCUCUAUUCAUGACUGAGGACUAUGGAAUCAGUGACUUCCUGGGAGGCACCAAACUUGUAGGGGAACCAGCUGCUUUCAGGAAGCAGCUAUUUCCUGUCUGCUCCUUUCUUUGGUAGGUCGAGGCUGACUGUAAAAUAACCGUGUUGCUAAGUAGCAAGUCCUGUUAAACAUAAGCACAGGUGCCUGGAUGGCUCUUAAAUGUCUCCUUAACAGGGAGCCCAAAUCUCAAAAUACAGCUUUCUCUCUCUACAGAGAUCGUAUCAAUACAGACUGCUCUCUGUCCCACCUCGGUUUUGAGGUGCAUUGGGUUUGUCUUGUGAACUUUUGUUUAAAUACAAAAUCAAAACUUUUACAUCUUUAAUUGAGACACAUAAUCUGCAGAUCAUAGACAAACUCUAGCCCUAGUCAUGAAAUCCUAGCUUCAGCAGUGCCUGAAAACAGUCCAAGUCUCUCCUUGGAUCUCUUUCAGACUGAGAAGUUUCUUGAUUCAGAGUGCUUACAUGAUCCUGAUAGUCCUAAGGCACAGAGAAAAAGAACCCCACAGAAGACAUCUGCUUCUACUGCUGUUGCGACAGUUGUUAUAGCCCAAAGCAUAACUGUCAUUUGCACACAGAUGCUAAUAACAAAAGUGGCUUAACCCAUCCAGUUUGUCACAGCUGCUGUCCAGAAUGUCUGUCUGUGAGUGUACCUUAUCCGUGUGCACACAUGGUGUGAGGUGCUUGUACCACAAAACUUCAUUCAUAUUCUCCAGUGACAGCAGCAGACACUUGAGAAUUUCCAGCUCGAGUCAAAGGCCUGACACCAUGCAUAGCCCUGCUCUCUGCUUCGUCGCUGUCUGUGAGGAGGCUUUACAGCAUUCAGAAGUAGCCCAACCAUCAGUAGUUUGUGUAUAGCCCCGUGAGGAAAAACUUGAACAAAUGCUACACUUCUGUGGAUUUACUGGUGAAUGUGUGUGUGUGUGUGUGUGUGUGUGUGUGUGCGCGCACACAUGACCUGCAUCUUUGUAUGUUUAUGUAUAUUUAUGUUGUCUGAGUGUGUGUGUAUCUCUCAAAUGAAGCACACACGGUUCCUGGUGCGUAGAUACAGUUGCCUCUUCUACCAGUGUGCUCAGACUCAUGGCUUUCUUCCCAGGAAGCAGUCACCUGCCCACUCUGUUGCUUUUUGUAGCAUUUCAGAGUUGGGAGAAACAAAGGCAGCUUGUUGGCUCCACAGCAAACCCACAGGGACAGGCUGUUUUUCUCCAGAAGAGGGUGGAGUACACACACUCAACCAGAAGCAGACCAGAGGGAGCCAUCCAGGCAACCUCACAGGACUCCCAGAGAGGACCUAGCCAGGCAGGUGACACACAAACAUCCCAGGAUUAAGUCGGAGCUCAAAGACUAUUCCUGUCCUCUCUGGAACCUUCGAGGCUUUAGAGAAGGGACAAGGUCUACAGAUCAUAGAUAAGUCUAGCCCCAGGCAUGGAGACCCAGCUCCCAGCCAGUGCGCACACUCACACACAGGAACCACGUGGGAGUCCUACUCCCAAACUGAAGUUCCCUGAUGCUGCCUGCACCUCUGGAACAUCACUACCAUUCACAAGCUGUGUCUCCUGAAACCAGUGUGGCCUUCACCCAAGUCUUUCUAGGAAUGGGUGGCUUACCAUGUCUAGCAAACCAAUAGAAUAUCAGGGAGUAUCUUGCGGGCAGUCUAUAAGAAUCAGUGGCUCUUGCCCAUGUCAGACAUUAAAGUAGAAUGCUACUCUAGCGUAAUAUACUGAAUGACUGGACUUAGCUUUCAUAGGUAACUCUUGAUGGCUUGGUGACCUGGAAACAGUUGGAUUUCGUUUUCUCAUUCGCAUGCCUCUCUUUUACUAAACAGUCUCUUCCUUCCCUCCUUCCCACGUCCCUUCCUUCCCUUGUCCCUUUCUUCCUUCCUUCCAAUAUAUAGAUUAUUUCUGCCUUACAGAAUUCAGAGGACUUUUCAUUCCUCUUGUGUUUUUGCGACAUUUUUCCUUCCCCCAUGCAGUAAGGCUACUUACCAUUGCAACUAUUUUUUUUGUUUAUUAUUUUUAAAAUGUAUAUUGUCUUUCUGUAUCCAAAAGAAGUCUGUGACCAUAGCCACAGGAAUUUCUUUUUACUGGAAAAAAGUUCAUUUCUUGUUUUUUUUGUUUUUCUUGUUUUAAUUAACAGUACUAGUGACUUUGUGGAAGACUAUGGUUACUAUUUAGGUAUGCUUACUUACGUACAAUACACUACAUUGCAGUGUUUCUGAAACCUAGAACAUACGGAUUAUAUAUAACAGCUCUAUAUUGACGUAUAUUACAUUAUAUUCAUUUUAACUUUGAAUCUGCCAUAUGAUCAUCAGUUGAUUGAAAUAUUAUUUCUUCACAUAUAUCACCCAUCACCACCUGCUGCAGUUAAUCUGGUGCAUUUAAUGCUCCUAUUUGCCUUUUAUAUUAUCAGCUUCAGUAUUGUCUUUAUAACAUUUUAGAACUUUUUUUUUAAAGCUCAGACAUAGCACACGUAGUAAAGUGGAAACUGCUUAAACUUUUUUAAAAGUUAUUUUUCUGUGGCUAAUACCAAGAAGUUCAUAUUGCACGUGAUCGUGUUUAGCUGGCCCUAUUAACAUCUGAAGAACAAUGGAAGUGCAUAUGAACAUAUCUGUGAUCUUCCUGUAUAGGACUGCCAUCAUCUGUAUUUGCUUCAGAAGAGUAUAACCAAGGAGCUGCAUGUCCACCACAUGAUCUGACCAACUGUAAUAAGCUGCAUUUCCAAAGGGCUGCUUUGGUGAGACACAAAGACAGGAACAUGCCUUCCAUCCUGUCCCAACUGUAUCUUCAAACAUUGGCUCUCAGUAUUGAUCAUACAGGGUCUGCUCUCUCUCUUCACCGUGCUUGUUUUCAUUAGUCUUCAGCAUUUCCCUGGAGGCAUCUUGGCAAUAAUACACUGUUGAUUUUCCCUAAGAGAUUUAUUUUAAAGUAAAACCACAUUUCUAGGAACUUUUUAUUGACAGAACUCGAAAACAUAUAUGACAUUCUCAGCCUUCGGAAUCUGUAAGUAGGUGACACUUGGUUACCUGGCCCUCGGCAUCUCUACUUGCUUUCUUCUUUAGUUAGGCCACCAUGGAGCACUCAGAGCUCAGACAGCCCAUCUUCUAACAAAAACACUUGCAGGCGGUUUUCAAAGGAGCUUUCUUCAGCUGUCCCAGCUCUCCCACUGCAAGCCUGGAAGUCAGAAUCAAGCUAGCCGAACCUGGUCUCAUUGUCCACAUUUUAUGUUCAGGACCAAGUGACGACAGCUUUGAUAAAACUCAGUAGGAACCCUCCCCACAAUGGACCAAUAUUUAGGCUUUUCGGUGUGAACAUACCACUCUCUCCUUCAAUCUUCCCUUGUCAAUCAUUAUCUUCAAGUCUCAUCACGUUCUGCUGUGCCUAUCCAGUGUGUCUCUUGCCCCCAACGCAUCCAAACUCUUCUCAGCAUCCUCCACUUGUAAAGCUUGACAUUCAUUAAGGAACUUUCCAUUCCUAGUCUCCUUUGAUGAUGCUAAACCAGAGUCUACUAGGAAACUACUUAUGUAGCAUCUAUUCUCAAUGAAAGACGUGGCAGAGGGAAAGCGUGAGUGUGAGCUUCGUGGUAGUGAGGCUGGCCCUUUGGUGAUCGCAGGCACGAGGUAGAUGGUCCCAACUCCAUUGUUCUUGCUUUCUCUUUCUUACCAAAAAUUUUCUCAUUUCUUAUUUCCUUUUAAAGACAACUACGUGCUACCCAAUCAUCUCUUCACUUCCCCACCCCUGAAAAUCUUACAUUAUGACCCCUAACUGUUCGUGAAUUUCUCCUACCACUCUUCUUAGCAUCUUUCUUUAAACGAGUUCAUAAACUUGAGACUUGUAGGCAGAAUGAAGCAUGUCUUCCUUUCCGCUGCAGAUUUUAAAGGUUGUCAGCAUCUGAGAGUAGGAGGACCUGAGUCAGAGUUUUAAAUGUCAACUGUACUAGUUGAGAUCAUUAAUUCCUCUCACCUUUACAUUAAACCAAAGAUAAGUAUUUUUCUUUUCUUUCCUUUUUUAAUACCACAGUUUUCAAAUUCUUGGUAUGAGUAGACGAUUUCUGAGGGAGGGAAAAAAAAACUCCCUUGUUGAUUAUUUCUGCUUGUGCUAAUAUUUAGCUAAUGGCAUGUUUGCCAGAUACUAGAUUUACAGGAAUCUGAAUCAAGAGAUACCAUUUCAAAAUAACCUUGGUAGCUAUUCAAGCCAAAAGCUACUUCCACUCAAACACACUGUAAGAAAAGUUUGGGAGAAUUUUUUCAUGUAUUACACUUUGAAAAGCCAAAUAUUUGUUGGUCUGAAGCAUUGAGGGAUAAUUUAUUAAAGAAUAAAAGGAUUUAUGAAGUUUAUCAGAUGCUUGUUUUACAACAAAAAUUGAUAUAAACCUAAUAAGUGUUAAAAAACAAAACCAAGACUAAAUGGGUACUAUAUUAAAUUUUAAGUACAGUACUCAGUUUAUAAAUACAUACUAUAUUAUUUGGCCAUAAUUCUAGAGUUUAUUCCAAUUUUUGCUGUCUGGUCUCCAGAACACUGGUGAAGAAGACUGAAGUCACUCACUGUAGGUGUCUGCCUCUGGGGAUCCUUGCAGUGUCCUUUCACAGUGACCCUUUAGCACAAUGCCUGACUCUCUGUGCUGCCCCCUUACCUCUCUGCUCAUAUGAAGAUGGAGAGUCUAAGACACAAUUUGGAGUACACAGGCACUCACUUCUUGCUCUACCUUGACACUCAAAAUCCACACUUCAUAUGAAAAAAAUGUAUUGUUGCUUGACUUAAGGCUUGAUCCAGACUUUGACUUAAACCACUUUAUAGCUUCAGUUCCCACAUAGAGCAAUGAGAUAAAUGUCAAGUUCAAAAGCCUCGCUGAGGUAGGCAUCUAUCAGGCAUCUAUCUAUCUAUCUUAGGCCAAUGUUUGAAUCACUUUUCCUUCCUAUAUCCUCCCACCGAGUUUUACCCUCACUUCUUUCUUCUUCCAUUUGGGCUCCUGCCAUCUCUUUUGAAAGCAUUCUAUAUCUAAAGCUCUCUUGCCCUCUGGCAUUGCCUUCUGAAGUGUAGAAGACUCUUCUGAAUCACCAAACACUAUCAUCUCAAGUACACUGUGGAAUGGGAGAGAGCUGGGUCAGGAAGAUCGCUGUUGGUCCAGUUGAUCCAGGCUGCCUUCUGGUCAUUGUUCCUUCAAGCUCUCAAAUCAAUCCAACCCUGAGAUCCAGAAUUUCUCACCACAACCUCUUAAGUCCCAGAUGAAUGUCUAAAUCCUGUUUAAUAUUCUAGAGGCUCAGGGGUGUGAAUUCUUCUUGUUCAUGAGCCUCCUGUUUUUGUAAGCUGACACCUGUCAAGAGCACCAACAGCCCGAACAAUAACUAAUGCAGCAAAAAUAAUGGUCAGAAACACUAUAGUAUAUAUUUGAGAGAUUAGGAAGUGAUUUUUCUUCUUUUAUUCAUUAAAAAAAACACACACACAAAAACAAAACAAAACAAAACAAAAAAACAGCGUGCGUACCCCCUCCCCAACACAUUUCAGAAAACCUGCAUCUCAUUUUACAGUUAGAUAGUUUUAGUUUUUGUGACUAUAGAUUAGGAAAUGUUCUGGAAUUGAAGCUGGUAGCAAACACAUUUUUUUUUCUGCACUGGACAUUAGGACAUGUGUGCAUGGAUGCGAUUCCUUCAAAGAAAGUGAAACAUGGCAAAGCAAAGGGACAAUACUUUCACACAUUAAAACAGUUGUCUGCUAUCUGUAAACCUUGAUUUAAGCAUAAUUAUAACUUCAUAGAAAUCUGAAACUGGAGGAAUGUGUAUUUUAUAGUUUGUUUGUUGAUUUGUUUUCCUUUAUGUCUGUCUUCUCAAGCUAGGGAAAUAUUUUGAUUCUCUGAUUUGAUGCUGUCCCCGUAUGUCAGGCAACUGCCCUCUACCCCAGAGUAGUCUUCUGCCCCUUAGAAAAGCCUUCAGUUUUCCAUCAAGGGGUCAUUUCUCAUGGAAGUCUUACCUUCCUUUUCUGCUGUUGCUUAGAGCUUUGAAAAUGAAAGAAUUUCUGCACUUUGGGGAUUGGAAUAGUUAAAACAGAGCAUAGUCCUUGGAGGAAAAACUAUCUUUACCUGAACUGACAGGUCUGGGGCCAAAGAAUGGAGCCAACCACUGAUAAAAGUCAUUGAUUUUAUACUUCAUAUCAUCAUGGCCUCCUCAAAUCCUUUUUGGAAUAAAGCUGGGGACAAAUUUAUUUUCUUUUCUUUGGAUGUUUCUUGUGAGUAUCCAGGACAGAAUUCCCAGAAAGGAAAAGGAAGACGCAUUAGUAAAAAUACUCACGGCAUCUGAUCUUCCCACUUUCACAGUAGUGGGGACUUCAGUCAUGGCCACUUAAAGCUCUCUAUGGUCCUAAGGCCCCUCCCUGGCACAGAGAUGGUAGUAAGAAGGACAUCUCCAGGCUGCCAGCACUCGCCUAUCCAUGCCUAGCAACACAAAAGAAGAAAACAGCAAAUUAAGACUGGGAAAGGGGUCGUAGUCCCUUGUCAAAGCAUGCUCUGUACAGCUCAGCUUAGCUUACAGAUAGCUUGGCAACCUUUUUAUAACCUGGCUUUUGUGCUAUAAUUUACAUUUUUGGCUCAAAUUUGGGAAAUAAAUGCAAUUUCAGUUAAGGGAACAGACGGGAAGUGGGGUGGGGGAUGGCAUAACUCAAUGGACCCAAAUAGAAUUCAAUUCUAAAAUCCUAAAAUCCAUUCUCGGGAUUACCAAAGAAUGAUCUUACUGGUCCUGUCAGGGUUCCUCAUCUCUCUGUGUAAUGGGUCUGAGAGUUAACACAACUAUACUCCUCUGUGAUUCAUGGCUUCUCUCCAUCUAUCCUGACUAUCUGAAGAGGUUAUAGAAAUUCUUGGCUGCUCUGCUCCUUAUCUGCCCUCCAGGACGCAUGUGAUGUAUGCAUCCAGAUGACCAAAAACAGACUAGGGCUUUGAUAAGGUUUUGCAAUAGGCUGAAGUGCUUCAGCUCACAGCUAGGGAACCUUUAAAAACAAAGCUAGCUAUUUUACUCUUUGCUCUUCAUGGAAUACAUCUUGGCUUGAAGUCAGCAAUGAAGUCAGGAGAAAGUUCCCAAAGAUGCUUGAGCAGUUAAAUUUCAUUCUUGCUCCCAUUGAUUUAGACUUCAGGUUUCGAGAAGAGCCUAUUGAAGUGUACAUUAAGGAUAAUUUGCUUAGGCAUAUCUAAUUAAGAUUCAUCUUUGCACCAUUGUUGAAAGAAUCAUGGUUGUCAGAGUAGAUGAGCGUGGAAUCUCUCAGAAAUCCACACCCAUCACAGCAAACAGGUAAGAAGCUGAUGACAGAGAACAUCUAAAUUGCUUUGUUUUAAAAAGCCCCAGGAUGCCAAACAUCCUUCUUCCUUUCUGUUCUCCUCAAGCUCCAGCGGGAGUGUGGGUGUGAGCACUAAGGCAGAUUCACAUGUGCAGAGGGAGGGUUCAGACCCGAUGAAGGGACAGACCUGGAGGUUACCACCAAGUGCUCCUCCAGAAUCACUCAAGUGAUCACAUCCCAAACUGACUGUCAACCUGCAGAAGAAGUCUGUAAGGAAUCCCACUACCGAUGCUUUCCUUUUUUAACUGAAUGGUACAAGAGGAGGAUAGGAUGCAGAGUCUGCAUCCUAGUAUAAUAAUUCACUUUGUAUUUAAUACUUCUACCUUUCUGCAUGGAGUUAUUUGUGCCAACUUUAAAGUCCAUCAUUCUGAGGGAGGCCUUGGAAAACUUCUUUGUAUGUGGAUGUGGAUCUGUAUCUUUGUAGCCAGGCAAACAAAACAAACAAUCAAAAAAAAAAAAAAUAUGGAAGAAUGGCGGGAGGGAAAGAGGGAAAGAGAACCAUCUAGAAGGUGGACCCUUCGAUGUCAUGGAAGGUGGUUGCUGCUUGUAGUCUUUGAAGAACAGCUGAUUCUGCUACUCACAAAGAAGGGUCCAGGACUGCUAAAUGUAGGACCGAGUUUAGGAGACAGGAAAGCUUGCUCUCUUCCUCCCAUCCCUAUCUCCCUUAGCACCAGUCAGCUGGCAAGAUAAAAUCACUAAGACGCACUACUGACCUUUGCAUUGAAUCGAUGUUUCCCUCCUCUAACUUUGGUUUCAACUCAACUGUAGGUCUGCCUUUUCUGCCUACUGGCUUCAUAUUUUAUAGAAUAAUACAGAGGUCCAAGCUGGUUGUUUCUCUCCUUUGAGCUGAAACAAACAGGGGCCACAGAGAGGUGAGUCACGGACGUUUGAGCCAAGGCCUGCUUCCACUUUUGUAGCUCACCUUCAAGAGCUGUUCAUGGCUGACCUUUGAGUCUGUAAUUGUUUUGUUGUUGUUGUUGGUGGUGGUGGUGUUUUUUUUUUCUUAGUUGUUUUUUUGUUUGUAGGAUCUUUCCCCCUCCCCCUUCUUUGUUGUUUUGUUUUGUUUGCACUAAGCGUGACUGCAAUGUGUUGCACUACUGAGCUGUAUUGAGUCGUGACAGGAGAGUGUGUUAGGUAAGGAAAGAAGAACAAGCUAGGAGACCAGUAGCAUCGCAGAGGAGGAGGUGCUUUCUGUUAUUAUUUCUCACAGAGGGAGUGAGAAUCUGUGAAAUUUUUGCCAACUCUUGAUCAAGUCUAGAGAACUGCUAAGCUGGAAAAAAAAACCAUUUUCUUAUUGUAUGGCAGUGGGUUAGUACAGCAAGUGGAGGAUAUUUCAGAAGAAACUUAUCCAAUUUUGUUUCCAACUCAGCUUACAAUAAGAGCCCCAAGAGUGAGGAAGCUGGCUGAUGUGACAUGAAGUCUUCAUCUUGGCUCACAAGAAGACAGAAACUCCCCCACUACAGCAUAUCCCAGUGUGCCUGGGGUCAUAGUGUCUGUGUUCAGAUAUCCUGUCACUCUGAGCAUACUUUUCUAUCAUGGUAAGACCUAGAUCUCUGGGUAACCAAAGAGGAAGGCCAUGCAUGUGGUAGAGCCCUGUGAGGUGGCAUAAGGGAACAGUGCAAUAAACACUGCCCGCCAUGAGGGGAAAGGCUUAUUCUGACACAAGGUAGGCCAACUGGAAAACUGGAGAAAGGGUUGGACAUGUCCUCAGAGUCCACAAGCUGCUCCAUCCUAGACCAUCCUUAAGCAGAGACCUUGAUAUAGUGCCUAAAAGUUAAAAGUUGUUGCUCCCCCCCCCCAACUUUUCUGUGUUCAAUUUACAUUUAUUGCCUUUUUAAAUCUUAGAAGCAAUCGGGGUUGACAGCGCUUUCGUAAUUACUAAUGAGAGGAUCUUGUGCUACCGGAAGAGCAAUAGACUGUGUGGCGACUCAAACAAGUGUGGGGAUGCUGAGGGGCUCCUCCAGAGUCCCGGAUGACAGCUCUUGGAAACCCUUGUUUGCUAAGAAUCACAGCCCUUGUAAACACCUAAUGUUGAGUUUCUUUGAACACUGUCCCACCUGAGGGGAUUCGUUUGGAAAGCUUCCAUUUCAGGCCUCUUUAACAGAGUAUCAAUCUGAUGCUUUCUCCUUCCUCCUUAUGAUAGGUCUCAUUCUACUUUCCCAUGUCAGAGUUUCUUUUUAUAUAUACAAAAGUGCCAGCCUUGCUAGUUUAACCCUACAGAGACCAUUCAGAACUAACUUAAGCAGCAACUUAGGAGAACUCAAAGCAUUAUCUGUAUUUCAAGCAGGCUCCUGAAUCAGAUCUCAUAGCAGAUGCCUGGGAAUGCGUGGUGGGAAAGCACUAACAGGACAUGGAGACACCCAACCAAAGCUAUGAGAGGAAACAGUUGACCUUUAAAACAGUCUCACCUUAACUUUCCUUGAGGCAUUGGGGACAAGUUUUUCUUGAAACUUGCAUAUCCACUCCAGUUCCUUCACCAAAGAUUUUCUUCUCCAGAGCCCAGCCUCCUUUCUCCCAGGCAGAACCAUAACAGGCCUGAGGGUGUCCUUGCAGUGGUCCACAGAGUUCACCUUCUGUUCACAGGGGUAUUUACAGACCUUAUAGUAGAAGGGUUUCCAAACAGUCUGUAUGGAAAACAUACACAGUACUACUUGGCACUGCGAGCUUUGUGAGACUCAUCUGUUGCCUGGAGGCUUGUAGUCAGAAAUAUCCAUGGAAGGGAGAGUGCGAAGUCAUUUAGAGCCAAACAGGACCGCUGGUGAGAGGAUCAUUGGGCAGUAUGAGUCAAGAGCAGAUCAAGGCUCCGUGUGCCCAGGGCCAAUGGCAGUGGCCUAUGAGGAUGUUAGACAACACAUCAAUGGAGUCACAUUCUGAGAAGCUAAAGUGUGGGCUUUGCUGUAAUGGCUGACAUUGUUGAAAUGUUCGUGCCACAGCAAGGGAACUACUUGGAAGUAGACCUGUUGUGAUAGUGCCUUCUUGUUGUAGCAAGUCAUUUAUUCAGUUAGGCUUUUCUGGACCAUUGCCCCCAUCUUCUGAAGAGGUCUGAGAUGAAGGGAUAGGACACUGCCCCUGAAAUGCUGUGAUUUGAAGAUAUUUGCACUAGAUUCUAUCCUCUCCUUUAAACUGGAGCAACUGAAUGAGAGGGGAAAAAUUAACAAGGACAGCUCAAAAUGAAAAGAAACCCAAAGUAAUGUGUUCUGAUAACAUUAUCUCCCCUCACUGCUACAUCUUUCCUCCCCCCUUCCUCCCUUCCCUCCUAGAUCUACUUUUUUUUCCUUCCUCUUAAAGGAAACUUCCAUUUUCUUAUUACCAAAUCCAACAAUUACUUCUCUUUGUUUCUCCCCAGUACUGAAUCAUAAGCUUAUUAAUCACUCAUGAGCUAGGAAUAUCUAGUAAAGAGCCUCUGCCUUGACAGUGUUGCUGGCCUUCUCUGUCCAUCACGGGUGAACAACGAGGGGUAAUAGGGAGACUAGACUGGCCCAGCUCUUAUGGAAGCCAGAGUCUGGAUUUCACACCUAUAAGGAGAUGACACCUAUUUACCCAGAACACAUAGUCUGCAGCUCAUCUUAAAAGACGCUUAGGAACAAAAGGAAGUUCCUGUGUUACAGCAAACAGAUGCGGUAGUACCCAAAGCUUACCUGUCUCUUCUCUCUCCUCUCUUCCGUCUUACUGCCAUGUCCUCUCAACGAGACUUAAACUUCAUCUCAUGAAUGGCACCAGAAGAACUAUUUGACUCCUUGGCUUCUCUCUUUUUCAGUAGGCUGGUAGCUCAUUCAAAAUUAAAACCAAGCAAAUACUAUUAGUGGCUAGCCCCCUGAGGGCUGAACAAUUUCCCAAGUGUCUUGAUGAUCCCAAUAUCUUGAUAAUCAACUCUGAUAACUUGGAAGUUUUGGCUGGCUCAGACAUCUGUCAACUUUAUUUUCAUUUUGUCUCCAUUUCCAUUUGAAUCUUAAGUGAGAGUGGAAAGGUAGAAUCAUGGGAAAGAUUGUGAGGCUGCAAUUCUAGGGUAGAGUUUGUCAGAAGUUUGUAUUAUCCCAAAUAGAAAUUUCUAUACUUACUUUCAAUUUAAUGUUACCCUGAAUAUAAUUUCUAUUACAUUUAUUGUUAUUUUUAUAAAAAUAGAGUUCAAUUACUAUGUCUAGUUGAGUGCUCUCUUUUCUAUUUUCCCACAUGGAUGCAGUACCAACCUGUUACCUAAAUAUCUUUUUAUUAUAUUGUUAAUAUGUAAUUCUACUGUAGACCAAAAAUAUAAAAACAAAUUUGCUCAUUUUAAACAUAUACAGACUCUAAUGAGUAAAGAUGAGGAGAAAAGACCAGAGAGCAGUGGUUGACUAUGUUGUUAGAAAUCAAAGAGUAGCCUUACCUAUUUUUAACCAGUGCUUGCCGUCACACCAUAGUUAGGACUAUGUUAGCAUGGCUUCUUCAUGCUUACGUUCUGCAAGCCUUGUCUGUCUGUUUCCUUUGAUGUGUUCGAGGUUGCACAAUGAUGCUAUUGUUUUUUUCUUUUGGUAAUGCCUGAUUUUAUUAUAAUGUACUUUAUCAGUCAUUUCCUUUAGAAGAAUGAGGGGGAAAGUUUUAUUUCUUCUUUUAAUUUAAAUUUUGUUUAAUGCACUGGAAAUAAAAUUGGACACAUUUCACUGUUUAAAAAUCAGAAACGAAACAAAACAAAACCCCGAAGAAAAAACCAGCAAACAAGUAAGUAAUAGGAUACACACACAUACAAAAAAGCUAUGAAAAAUAUUCUGUUCAUACAAAAUAUAGGCUAUAUCUCACAUGAGAGAUAAAUACUGUCAAGUAAUAAAAAGACAUUGUCAACUACAGUGCUGAAAACUAUAAGAGGAACCUAGGUGUACAGUGUGUGGGGAAAACUACGAAUCCUUUCUGAGGCGAGAUCUUUCCAUUGUUCCAAUAAAAACCUAAGCAAGUUGAAUGUGGAAGUCGGUAAGUAGGGAGCACCCCGCCUUCUUUACACCAGCGGACCUCUGGGUUACUUUCUACCAUGGGUCUCAGCCACAUACACAUACACACGCACGCACUCAUGUGCACACACUCAAUACUUGAGAAGGAUUUGUGAAAAUGUACAUACCCAGUACACAGAUGUACACAGUGCUCUGACAGCCCUCAAGCUCUUCUGAGGCUUAGCAGUGAUGGGUCCACAACAUGGAAUACUGAAAGGGAUUCACUGAGAUCUACGUGUGCUAAUAAAGUGCUUGAAGCCAGCCUGGUCUCUUCCCCAGCAUCCCCUAGUCCAAGGCCAGCUGCCACACACACAUGGACAGAGAAAGGCGAGACACCGGUUACUUCUCCUAGCCAACUGGCUCAUUAUUAUUUGCUGAAUAUUUGCUGGAUUUUUCUGGUUUUGUUCUGUUUUAGAAUGGGGUGGGAGUGGAUGUUAUGUCACAAUCCUAAUACAGUAAAGUUUUGCAUCUUCCAUAUCUUAUGCAAAAACAGACAUUUAAAUCAAUAAAUAGUUGUGCCCUAGACUGAAAGUUAAUGUUUAGGAGAGGGAAAAAUUGUUGGAAUUUUUUCUACAUUUUUUUGUGAAGAAUCUUUUUUGGAAAGGAAGGAUACAUAUUUUUGUUGUGUAAUAUUUUCUAUUUUUGAAUGCAUUUUAUUGGUACAAGACUGUUUUUUUGGUGAAGACAUUAUUUAAAAAAAGAAAAAAAGAAAAAAACUAAUCGAAAAGUUUGCCCUUAAGGAUAUGCUGCAGUUUUGAGAUUAAAAAAUAAUAACUGAUUCAAGAUGCGUGUUAAAAGUUGGGAUUAUAUUGUUGUUUUUGUAAUUGUUACAAGAAGAAGUUUGUACCCACUGCUGUUUAUUUUGUUUCAGAUGAGUAAGUAAAGGGAUUGUUCUUGUUUUAUUCUUUUUUUAGAGAAAAAAGCUAUUUAUGAAAUGUCAAAAACACUGGACUGUGAGUUUAAGUGUGGAAGCAUUUUACCACCCUGUGUCUUCAACCAAUUAUGGGAAACCUUUUCUCUCCCCCCCUGCCUUAGCCUUGCCAAAUGAGGAAAACGUAACAGCUCUCAGAUGACGGAAGUCACCGAAGCCCUGCUUUAAUUUUUAUGGUCUGAAAAAGUCGGAAAACCAAAGUUAAAUUUGUUUCUGAAAUCCCGCUGUCUAUAGCCCCUUUUUUGUACAACACAGCCGGCUGGCUCUGCCUCUCUAUCUUGGAUCAUUGCCUUCUUAGGAACGUGGGGCCAGCUCUGCCAAGAGGCGUGAAGGUGGCGAGGUCACAGGAAGUGAGGUGUGAGGGGGACCCCUAGGGCCCCGGAGCUUCUCCAUCCAGAGGCGAGGCUGCCAAGAGCACACACAGCUAACAGUGCCUGGCGGGGUCGCCCCUGUCCCCCUCACCUUCUGCUUCGAAGACCCUCCAGUUACCGUGGCUCUGCCUUUCUCAGCAGCCCACGUUCCGUGGAUGGGAGGGGGUGGGAUCCAAGCAGAAAACACGGCUGUGGGCGCUGCGAAGGCCCCGGCCCUCAGGAGGUAAAGCAAGGGACCACUCAGCACAAGGGCUCUUGCUGCCCGCCUCCUCUUUGACUCUGUGGAUCGUCCAUCCAUCUGCUCACUGUGAAGAUGGAGAGGCAGUGCGCCCUGAGGCUGUUCAAUAGCUUUUCCAUAUUUUUUCAACAUUGAAAAAAUAAUUUUUAAAAACUGUGAUAUUUAAAAAAAAAAAAAUCAUUUGGCUGGAGGGAAGGGAAAAGGGAAACACCAAAAGCUGUAACAUGAUUAACUGGAGAUAUUUAUAACUGGGGCACUUUCCAGACCAAGACAAAUGAAUUGUUUUCUGGACCCGAAAGCAGCCAAAUUUUAAGACUGUCAGUGACAAAAAGCUGAAGAGAGGCCUCCAUUUCUCCUCCUUUCUUCUUUCUGUCCCAAAUUCUCUCAUUUUCUCUUCUAGCUUCUCUUGGUAACUGUCCAAUGGACUUCAUACUUCAUGCAAAAUCCCGCGCAUGCACGCGAGCGCGCACGCAUGCGCGUGUACACACACACACACACACACACACACACACACACACACACACAAGCAAAAAAAAAAACUAUUUUUCUUAAGGAUUGUGGGACUAAAUUUAAAGUCAUGUGCCUUCAUUUUUUUCCCUUUUAUAGUUAAAUGAACCUCUUCCUUUUUUACAAUGUGUUGGGUUUUGUUUUGUUUUUAGUAGAAGGGGAAGGUUAAAGUGUUUGUGGAAGAGAGGAUUUUUAGGCAUCAACUGGGAGAUUUUUUUAGCAUAUUCCCCCACUAAAUAUUAAACACAAACAUCUCAAUCCCUCCACGUGUCACUGUGCACACUUAGAGCAUCAAGGAAUCAGAAUCCGACAGCCUAAUCCACUUGAUUUUAGAGAAGUUCCUGAAAUUUCUAUUUCCUAGACUUUUUUAUUGUUCUUAUUUUAUCACAGUGAGGUGAGCAAGGCAAGUUGCCUCGUUCUCCCAACUCGGUGCUUCUGCUUGUGGGGUGGGGGUGGGGCGGUAUAGACAAGGGUGCACUCCUAAAGCUCUCUGGUGCUGAAGGGCCUCAAGGUUGAGUUUCUUUCAGAAAAUGUGUAUGGCACACUCUCAAGUGCACACGUGAACGGUGUCAUGCGCACUAUUUUUAAAGGACAAGGGAAGGGGCUCUGAAGUGGGUUUUGCUUUCUCUCAUGACAUUUGAUUUCCCUGGUGCCUUAUUCCUAUUCUAUGCUGGCACUCACAUGCCCACAGGAACACACGCUGAUGUCAGCCCCAGGAGUGAGGACCUCUAGGUGACAGUUGAGCAUGUGGGGACCAUCGGAUAUUGGGGUCAGUUGGUAGGGGAGGAACUAGAUGGCUGAAAAUACACAGGGACUGCACAAGCCCAUCACAGUCAAGAUUAGUAAUGCUCAUAUGUGAGUAUGUGCAAUACAUGCACACACAAACACACACACAGACACACACAGAGAUGCACACACAAACACCAAAUACACUCUUCUUCCUCUGAACAUUGCUUCCUUCUUCAUUUCCUGUCUUUGCCUUCUCAUAAAGGUGCUGCUUGCUGCUGCUGCUGAGGUGCCCGGAGUCCAGAAUGCCCAGUAAUCACUCAGGCACAAGCCUGGCACUGCCACGUUCAGUCCUUGGCAAGACCAAACCCUGGUUUCUCUUGCCUGGGGCUGAAAACCGUCAGAUUUUUCUCAUCAAAAAAAAAAAAAAAAAGUUAUCCAAGGAAUCAGUGGAUUAUAGUUACUCUGCAUUAAAAAUGCACUUUAAAAAUAAAUAAAAGCUCCAGACUGUUUAAAACACACAGAGGGAACAGGAGAAAGAUAAACGUGCUAGUGUCUGAACCCAGUUCAGCAUAUCUCCAGUUGAAACAGUAUACACUAUAUUAUGUAUAAAUGUAUACACACUUCUAUAUAUGUCCACAUAUAUGCGGUGUGUGUAUUAUACAGGUAUAGGUGUGUGUGCACGCACACAGGUGCACAUAGCAUAUCAAGUGUUCAUUACAAAUCCAGAUGCUCAUUUCACAAACAGCAGCAGAGGAAACAAGGUUGGACUCUUGCAGCAGAUCACAAAACAAUAAAAACAGCCACUUGCGGUGACGCUGGUCACUGCUGUGUGUUCAUAAGGAAUGGAUUGUAACAAAGGAAAACAAGGAGCAGUGUUAGCAAUUGAGGAAAACUGGGACAGACCAUCUUGAUCCAAUGGGAAUGCAGUAAUGUUCUCUACCAUUUCAUCCGUUCUUUCUGUUAGUCGUGACGAUUUGAUUUUCAUUUUUGCCUAUUAAAAAUGGUUUAGAUUCAAGUGACCACAUCCAAGUGAACAAAACAACCACAGUGAAAGUCCUUUUCAGUAGGAAGAUGUCAGAAAACUCAAAACCCUUGGCCUGGCUCAGAACUACCAUGUGCAAACCAGAACUCUCUCAACGUUUGAAAUAAAAACUUUAAAACUCUUUUUGAAGCACCUUAACGUGGCCAUCCAUUUGACAAGUGGGUGCCACCUUUUUCUUUGAGCACCUUAUUGACGUAUUUUGCUAUCUGCUGUCUUCUGUUACUGUUGGCUGAAUAGCUAGCUGUUAACACACACACAUGUGCACAGACCAGACAUCUGAGCAUGCGUGUUCUCAAUGACGUUUACCGUGGUGACUGCUGGAAGGUGAACUCAUUUUCUGAUUUGCCCACCACAGUGUUGUGAUAAGACUCGAAGAAACCCUGCCCUGCACGGAAAAAUGUCCCUUAUCACGUUGUAUAUUAGGGUGGGAAGGAAUAUGGUCCCCUUUUUGCAAUUGCUACUGUGUAUACAUACACAUGCACACACACACACACACACACACACACACACACACACACACACACACACACUGUAUAUUCAGACAUGAUGUACACACACAAACAUAACUCAUUUGUCCAAGUGAUAUUUCAGAUGUUUCUGUGGGUGUCACACACCAUGUGCAGUUUUCCACUUCCCAGAGAAUUUUGAGUGGAGGGUAACUUUUCAGACUGAUGAACGGGGCACUGAGGAAGAGUUUGAAGUGGGAGGCAAGAAAGGAGAGAGCAUUAAGUCAAAAGAAUAAUUUCCCAAGAGAAGCUGGAGGAAUGGCUGUCCUUGCAGGUGGGUGUGGAACACUGCUGUCUCAGUCUGCACUGUAGAAAUCCAUGCACACAUCAACACACACACACACACACACACACACACACAUACACACAUCCCCCCACAGGGGCGUGGUCUGGGAUGAGCAGGUCAAUAGUUUUGAGAGGGAGUUUGUUCCUUUUUUUUCUCUCAUUAUACUCUUGUCAGUUAUUAAACAAACAAACAGAAAAAAAUUGUUUUGAAAAACCUUGCGUACGCCUUUUCUAUCAAGUGCUUUAAAAUAUAGACUAAAUACACACAUCCUGCCAGUUUUUCUUACAGUGACAGUACCCUUACCUGCCAUUUAAUAUUAGCCUCGUAUUUUUCUCACGUAUAUUUACCUGUGACUUGUAUUUGUUAUUUAAACAGGAAAAAAUUUCAAAAAAAAGAAAAAUUAACUGUAGCGCUUCAUUAUACUAUUAUAUUAUUAUUAUUGUGACAUUUUGGAAUACUGUGAAGUUUUAUCUCUUGCAUAUACUUUAUACAGAAGUAUUACGCCUUAAAAAUACGAAAAUAAAUUUUACAAGGUUUCUGUUUUGUGUGGAAGAGUAAUUGAUGUUGCUAAGAAUGAUGUUUGUUUUUUGGGGUUUUUGUUGUUUUUUUUUUUAAAUGUUACCAGCACUUUUUUUGUAAGUUUCACUUUCUGAGGUAUUGUACAAGUUCACACUGUUUGUGAAGUUUGAAUAUGAAGGAAUAAUUAAAAAAAAAAAAAAAA